UCCAUUGGAUAAAUCGCAGUAGAUCGUGACGUUGUCCUUUGCUUACUGCGCAUGUGCGAAAAUAGACGCCGCCUCUCCGGGAUCUCUGUCAGUGCGUGCAUGGUUGUCGGAAGCGAAAAGUGCUGCUGAGUUUCCAGACCUUUGAAACAAAAAGAGAGGGUGUAACAUGUUGUUAAAUCCAGUUAUAUCCAAGUUGAGUAACAAGCUUGUUGUAUUGGCAAGCGCAUCCCCGAGACGUCUGGAGAUUUUGACGAAUGCUGGUUUACGGUUCGAAGUUGUGCCCUCAUGGUUUAAAGAAACCUUGGACAAGUCCUUGUUUAAAAGCCCCUAUCAGUAUGCAGUGGAGACAGCCAAACAGAAGGCUUUGGAGGUGGCUCAGCGAAUGCCAUUUAAACACCUGAAAACUCCAGAUAUUGUUAUUGGCGCGGACACUGUUGUUACAGUUGAUGGUUUGAUCUUGGAGAAGCCCACAGAUAAACAAGAUGCUUACCAUAUGCUGUCCAGGUUGAGUGGCAAGGAGCAUAGUGUUUUCACCGGUGUGGCUAUUGUGCUCUGCCACGAGCAAAAUGGUUCAGAGAUAGAGUACAAAGUGGUUGACUUUUAUGAAGAGACAAAAGUUAAGUUUGCAGACUUGUCUGAGGAGAUGCUUUGGGAAUACAUCAACAGCGGAGAGCCCAUGGACAAGGCUGGUGGCUAUGGGAUCCAGGCUUUGGGUGGUAUGUUGGUGGAGUAUGUGCAUGGAGAUUUUCUAAACGUAGUGGGCUUCCCUCUUAAUCGCUUUUGCAAGCAGCUGGGAGUGAUUUUUAACAGCCCACCAGAGAGUCCUGCCCUCAAGAUCAAACGUGAAGACUCAAGAGCAUCUGAUGAGUCUUGGUCUGUGGCCAACAGCUUGUCGAAGUGUGUCACAAACGGAGAGUUUGAGCUGCAGGAAACCAACAACGGCAAAGGUGCCAGUCAGAAAUCUAUGCAAAAACAAAAUGUGAUGCACUCGGAGUGUGCUAAAUUUGACAGAAAAGAUGUCCCCCACAGUAUCAUGGAAUUAAUAGAUGGCUUCAAAGUGUCAAAGACUUUAUUCACAGCAUCCAAACUGAAAGUCUUUGAUGUGUUGAACAGCUCUAAUGGUCUGACUUUGGAAGAGAUAGCAGGCCAAAUCAACGCAUCUGUUUUCGGCACGGAGAGGCUUUUGGAUGCUGCUGUCUCAGUAGGGCUACUAGAAAGGGUUAAACACCAAGUUGAUAGCCAUGCAGUGUACAGAAAUACAGAACAGACCAGACAGUUUCUGGUAUCAGACAGUCCACUUUCUUUGCAUGCGUACAUCCUUCACUGCGAUGGUAUAGUGUGGCCCCUCUUCAGUCAUUUAGAGAAUGCUGUCAAGGAAGGAACCAGCCAACAUGAGCGGGCAUUUGGGAAGAUGGAUAAGGAUAUGUUUCAGGAUGUCUACUACAGUCAGGAUAACGUUAAGAUGCGAUUCAUGAAUGCAAUGCACAGCAUCGUAAAUGUGACUGGGAAAGAUGUGGCAACGGCAUUUGAUCUUUCGCCCUAUAAAACAGCUUGUGACAUUGGAGGUUGCACCGGUGCCAUGGCAUACCAGUUUACAGAAGCCCACCCUGGAUUGUCAGUUACUGUAUUUGACUUGCCACAAGUCAUUGACAUGACACGGCACUUUCAGCCAAAAGCACAUCAUGAUAGAGUGUCAUUUGUUGCAGGAGAUUUCUUUAAAGAUGACCUACCUAAAGCAGACUUGUACAUUCUUGCAAGGAUUCUCCAUGACUGGUCUGAUGAGAAAGUUAAUGCACUGUUGAGUAAGCUGUCCAAAGUGUGCACACCAGGCUGUGGGCUUUUGGUGUCCGAGAUCCUCCUGGACCAAGAGAGGAGAAGACCAAGUCGAGCUGUGCUCCAAGCUCUCAGCAUGACAGAGGGAAAGCAGAGGAGCGCUGCAGGAUACAUCGAUUUACUUGAAAAGCAUGCUUUUAGUGUCAAGCAAAUCAAAUACACAGGCAACCUGCUAGAUGCCAUACUCUUUAUCAAAGAAGACCCAAAUGACAAAAGAACAUUAUUAGUCGGUUCUUCAGCAUCCAUUGAGACUGCAUAACUUGUAAAUGUUUAGCAUCUGAAACACUACACAAUUGAUUUUUAUUCCUGCUCAUAAAUUGUCCGAAUAUUUUUAGAUAUAUAGAAAUAAUUUUUUUUAAAUGCUGCAUUAUUUUCAACCCAGUGUUGGGUCAAAAGGGUACAAACCCAGUUGUAAUUUAACAUGCUGGGUUGUGUUAGCCUAUUUUGAGGUCAAAUAUAUAAAACAUUGGGUAAAGCACAAAACGACGUGUACAUAAUUAAUGUUAAUUACAGGGUAACUAAUGGUAAUUACAAUUAUUUAUGUUAUAUUGUUGAUGUUACAAUAAAAUAAAUGUUUUUUU